CCCGUUCAAUUUCAAGUAUCGCCCGCAAUGCAGUAAUUGCAGAGAUCGACCAGCAGACGCGCGAAACGAUCUCUGGCAGCGUUCGUUGGAGGUCUUUAAUCCCCAGGAAGAGGAGGAAAGGGGAGGUUUCAAUCAAUGGCCAACCAGUUAGGGAGCUUGGUACAGUCGAUAAAGUCCAAAGUUCGAGCUCUGAAGAAGUCGAAGAAGCCUUACGUCAAGAUGGACAAAAGCUCCAGCGUGAAGGUCGAGAUCCGAAGUCGCAAGGCUCGGAAGCUCAUCGACCAGACCCUCAAAGUCGCCGAUCAUCCUGGAAAGAAGAGCGUUGCUUGACCCUUUCUCUCUCUCUCUCUCUCUCUCUCUCUCUCGUCGAUUGUGCUUUAGGAUUUUGUCUUUGUGCCUCCGAUUCUGUGUUUCACGGCGUCGAUUCCGCCGGAUCUCGGCCGCAUCUUUCGCCGUCGCUAGGGUUUCGAACCGCUUCGGAUUGCCUUGGGCUUGCAUAAAAUUAAGAAGGAAUUCAGGUUCCGUUAACUUAAAUUUCAUCUCAUGUCUAUUGAUUGUAUAUAUUAAUAACAUGUUUAGUGAUGAAGAACUUUAAUUCA